UUUCAUUUAUAAGGGAGUCCAUGGUUGAGGUUAAAAGGACGAUUAAAUUUAUUACAACUCAGAAUAUUAUGAAAGAUGUUCCUCCAGCUGGAGAGGGAUUUCCUAUAAGAAGAUGGUCAGUGAGACUGGUAGCACUUUCUGAGGAUGGCCAGGAGCUUCCAGCAACAUUUAUUGAUAAAGUUACAUAUAAACUUCAUCCUACAUUUCAAAGUCCAAAUAGAAGUUUUAAAAAGCCUCCAUUCAGAAUUGAAGAACAGGGAUGGGGAGAAUUUGAAAUGGAUGUUGUGAUUUUUUAUGCAGAAAAAGGUGGUGAAACAACAUUAAAACAUGACCUUAAUUUUCAACAAACUAAAUAUGAAAAUGAACACAUAUUGACAAUUGUUAAUCCUCGUCCAGCGCUACAGCGCUUAUUAGCAGAGUCUGGCCCUGUACCUGGUUAUGUUGGAUUAGAAGACAAGAAAAAAGAUAAGCGAAAAUUUGAUGGGACUGAUAAAAAUAAGAAGAAGGGAAAAUUUUCUAAGCCAGUGGAUAUGGAUCGAUUAGCAGAUGGGUUACAAAAACUUGAAGAAGAUGAUCUUUUACAAGUGGUACAAAUGGUGAAUGAAAAUAAAACUCCAGAGAUGUAUGUCAAGAACGAUGUUGAAGAAGGUGAAUUUCAUUUAGAUUUAUAUACAUUAAGCGAUAAUCUAUUGACAAUGUUAUGGAAUUUUACUGCGAAAAGAGUGUCCUUGUAAAGAAGAAUUAAAUCAUUGAAAUUUUUAUCAAAUAUAAAUUAUAGAAAAACAUAUAUUUAAUUUUAUAUAUAUUAUUAUUUAUAUAAGGGAUGAAGCUGAAUAGGUUUAGAUAAUUUUCUAUUGAACAUUAUAUCUAUAAAUUAUUCAAAAGUAUUCUUUUUGGAAUGAUUUUUAAACACUUUUUAUAAUCUAAUAUUUUUAAUAAUAUCUUUUGAAAGUAAGCCAUUAGACAAAAAAAGAAGAAUUUCUAUAAACGAAAGGAAUAAGUCUAAUUAGAAAAGAUCAAAUUACCCUACCUUAUUAAAAUAUGUUCUAGAUCAUCUGCUACGAUAUUUUUACCUGGACAAAUUUCAUCUAUAACCCUUAUCAUAUUUAUAACAAGUUCACCAUCUUGAUAUCCUAAAAUCGCAGGUACAGCUGCUGAGUCCAUUUCUAUUUUUUCAUGAAAUAUUUUCCCGAAUUCUAUAGAUAUAUAACGAGUCGCUAUAUCAGAAAAACAAUCUUUAAUAAUUGUACUUUCUUGAGUCUUAAAAAUAUAGAUAAGUUACUAUUAAUAUAUUCGAAAUAGAUAAAUUCUUACU